CACCAGAAGAGAGUAAACAAAUCCCAGAUGAGCAACAAAACCUUGAAUCAGACGAGAUCGUUUCUCCUAAACAGGUCUGCUUCAAUGGAAUUCCCUUAUAGCCCGCCUUAUUGCACAACGUCUGUCCCCAAAAAGUAUUCACUCAUCGAAUACCCUACCUCUCCUCAACUUAUCUUGGGAGAAGAGAUGCUUCAUUUCAGUCACCCGCAACAUCCUCUGUCGCAGCUGAAUCUUCCAGACCAAUUUACCUGCGCCGGCUGCAAGGAGGAUGGUGCAGGCAUGAGGUUCAGCUGCCAAUCAUGUGAUUUUCAGCUACAUGAGUUCUGUGCCCUGGCUCCUCCUGAUCUUAAGGGCCACCCUCUCCACUUCCAGCACCGUCUUAUUUUCUAUUCUAAACCAGUUAAAGGUGGUGGAGUUUCAAAAUCGAAGUGUGAUAUCUGUUGCAAGCCCAUCAAAGGGUUUGCUUUCCGAUGCGGUGCAUGUGGUUUCCAGAUGCACCCAUCCUGCUCCAAGCUAGCUUCUGAAAUCAACCUCUCAUGUCAUUCACAUACCCUCAGGCUUUUAACCGCAUAUACGACAUCAAACGGAGAUAUCCCUGGUUUUGUUUGUGGGGAGUGCAAGAGGAAGAGGUCAGGCCGAGUAUACCAUUGCAGAGUCUGUGAUUACCAUCUCCAUGCGGUCUGUGCUAAGAACAUGGUCAAUGGGCUCCAUGACAAUGGGUGCAAUAAGGGUCUCGAAAAGCCAAGCAUGCUAUCGGCUGCAGCUAAGGUUGCAUCUCAAGUUGUCGGGGUGAUCAUUGAAGGGAUUGUCGAGGGCUUUGCGCAGAGUGUUGGAGAAGUCUUCAUUCAAAAUGUUGCCAAAGGAAACGGCCAUAGCCGUAAUAAUCCAAGCAAACAGAAUUGAAUAUUGAUGAACGAAACUUCGUUAAGCCAUUUUAGGUUGUUCUCGUAUCUAAGAUGAAUCAAGUGUGGGUUGUUUAAAUAAUCAGAACCGAAUAUUAUGAUUUUAUUGUAUGUAGCUCAUGUGUAUAUAUAGCUCUUUGGGGCGGGGCUCUCUCUUUGUAACAUAUGUUGAAAAGGUUUUAACUGCUCAAUUGGUAUGAAAAAAUCAGCUAAUUAAAUUGCCUGCUUAGCAGUUAUAUUUA